AUGUUUGAAAGAAAUGGAUAUGAAUUGCCAACGGAAGGAACACACAAAAAAGGUGGUAGUUUGGCUGCAGACAUUCUGUGUUGUAAUCCAGAUAUACACGAGAUUGUCAACACACAAGCUAUCGGGGACAAGAAUGUUGACCACUACACAGAUUUAAGCAACAACCCUGCCUCAUACCUCUGGAAACCCCCACCCCCUUAUAAUAAGCCUAAACCCCCCUCUGCAAAAUCUGAAUCUCCUUAUAGCAAAUCUGAACCCCCUUAUAUCAAAAGGAAUACCUUUACCAAAUCUGAACCUACUAAUACAGUCCCCCCUUCAUACCUCUUCAAACCCAAACCAUCUCAUACGAAACCAUUGACUGUGCAGCAUAAACUUGAGCUAGUCAACCAUGCAUAUACAUCUGGCAACUUCAACCGUCAACAUAAAGGCCUGUCAUAUUGGGGUGCUAUAAAGUCCACAACUGUCAAUAAUAACAUGGAGGAAAAUCCCAGAACUUUAUUAUCAAUGCAUGAAAAAAUGGAGAGUUCUCAUAAAUUGAAAUUGGCUGAAAAAGAAGAUGCCUCAAAAUUAUCGAAAGUUAUGCCAGACACUCCUGAUGAAUCUGGUAUCCUCAAUGAUACGAGUGGCAAUGGUCGAGGUGCAAAGAGAUUGAAAGCAGUACAACUUACAGCUACUAUUGCUUCAGCAUUCAACUCUAAAAGACCCAACAGAGGCUACAAGAUCUCACGUCAACGGAUGGGCUAUAGGCACAGGCGUAAGAGUAACCUAGUUGGUGUAUAUAAUGAGUCUUUCCUCUCUGAUAUCUUAGAUGGAGAGGUAGAUAUAUCACAUAUUACACUAACACAGGCUGCACGAGAGGGCCUUGUGUACAUCAUAGAGCAGCAUCUCAAGACUACCACUAAUAAACAGUUGAAUGAGUUAGACAAUGAUCUAUUCACCCCUCUACACCAUGCUGCCAGGUACAACAGAGUGGAAGUCAUGCAACUCUUGCUGGAUAAAGGAGCAGAUCCUAACAUCAAAGGCUUGGAUGAUAUGAUCUCUCUCCAUCUGGCUGUGAAAUACAACUGCAUAGAUGCUACAGAGAUCCUACUCAAAUACAAGGCUAAUCUCAAUGCUGUGGACAACAAGGGAAAGACUGCAUUGCAUUAUUCUACUAAAAGAAGUCAAGAUAAGAUCACACAGAUGCUGCUGAUGCAAGACACCUGCAAUGUGAAUGCUGAGGAUGAAGACCUCCAAACUCCACUGCAUUUUGCUGCUGAGUGUGGCAGUGAUGGCAUCUGUAGCCUACUGCUGUCAUGUGGGGCAGACUUACAGGCCAAGGACAUCAAUGACAUGACUCCCUUGAUGUAUGCUGCCCUAGAUGGUCAUGUCACUGUUAUUGACCUUUUCUUAAAACAAGCUUUAAAGUCUGGUAUGAAACCAGAGAAGUUAAUUCUGGAUGUUGACAAUGAGGGCGCCACUAGUCUCCACCUUGCUGUACAGAAUGGAAAAUUGAAGGUUGCUGAGAUUUUACUGAUGAAUGGUGCUCCAGUUGAUUUCCAAAAGGCCAGAGGUAUGACAGCUCUCAUGCUUGCCACUAUACAGGGAUACAAGAGCAUUGUGCAGCUUCUACUAGACCACAAAGCAUCUGUAUUGAUAGUUGAUGAAGAUCAGAUGACAGUUGUGCACAAAGCGGCCCUAUACAACCAAACCACCAUACUACCCCUGCUGUUGAGAUGCGGGGCAGACUUGAAUGCCAAAGAUAUAGACAACUUUACCCCUCUGUUGUGUGCCUCUUGGAAGGGCCACUCCAAGACUGUGAGAUUCUUGUUAGACCAUGGGGCUCAGAUUGCUGAAGUGGAUUGUUCAUUGAAGACAUGUUUACACUGGGCAACUGAGUGUAACAACUAUGAAACACUUACAACUCUAUUACAGUUUGAGGGGAUGUGCAAUCUUAUAGAGAGAAGGGAUCAAAGCGACCAGACUGUUCUACAUUACGCUGCUACAUUGGGAAAUAUAGAAGCAGUACAACUUUUACUAGACAAAGGAGCUAGGCCAGGGAGCAAGGACCAGGAAGACAAGACCCCCUUGCAUCUGGCUGCUGAGAGCAACAAUGUGGAGGUAGUGAGGUGCCUUAUAAACCUGAGUGGGGCAGAGACCAAUGAUGAUGACAUAGAUGGGAGAACUCCACUAUUGCUAGCCUGUCUGCAUGGACACAGUGUUGUAGUUAGACUUCUGUUGGUAUUGGGUGCUGAUAUAUCCAGCAGGGAUGAUGAUCAGAGAAGUGCUCUGAUGUUGGCUGCUAUGAAUGGUCAUGUUAGCGUUCUCAGCAUUCUAUUGGAUAACCAUUGUGACAUCACUGCUACUGACAGGUUAAAGAACACUGCAUUACAUUAUGCCUGUAUGGAGGGUCAGGCAGAUGCUGCUAAACUGCUGCUAGACAACCAGGCCAAUGUUAAAGCCAAGAAUGUAAAGUCCCUGACUCCUCUUGAUAUGGCUAUAGAGUACCAAUGCUCAGAUGUUGCUGUGGCAUUACUCAAGCAUAAUAGCUGGAGAAGUAUCAUGGAGGUGCGAGAUAAAAAUGGUUACACUCCCAUCAAGAAACUUAUUCAGAGAUUACCUGAUGCAGCUCAGGUGUUGCUGGACAACUGUUUGGAAAAGAAAUGCAGGAACAAUAGCAUCGACCAAGUAACUAUGACGUUAGACUUCCAGUACAUAGACCCAGGUCCAGAUGACAUUUGCUGUAAGAAUAAAAGAUACUGUGCUCUCUAUACAAUGGUGGAGUACCAGAGAGGGGAAAUGCUGUCUCAUCCUCUAUGUCAGAACCUCAUGUCUAAGAAAUGGGUGAAAUUUGGCAUGUUGUGUUUUAUCUUAAAUCUUCUGCUGUAUGUCGUGUUCCUUGUAUUAUUGACUAUCUACACAUCAUUUGCUGGGGAGCCAAUCACAACGGACCUCAUUGACAAUGUGCGCUACUGUCCCAUAUAUCUCAAUGCAACAGAGAGGCAAAAUGAAACACUAGUUGAGUAUUAUAUAAAGCAUGGAAAGAUGACAGAACAAGAUCUUCUUCAAGAGGAUCCGUAUCUGAGUGUCCUUGGGCCUUCUCUUACGGUCAUCAUGAUCAUAUUCCUCAUUAGAGAGCUCUUCAAAGUGUAUUCCCAGAAGUUACGUUACUUCACAGAACUGAGCAACUGGGUCAAUUUAGAGUUGAUCAUCACCACAUUCAUAUUCACCCAGCCCCUGAACCAGGCUCCUUGUCUUACCCAGUGGAGGGCUGGAUACUUUGCUAACUUUGCAGCAUGGGCAGGUCUCAUACUCUACCUUCGGAGGAUAGAUAUGGUUGGCAUCUAUGUGAUUAUGUUCAUAGCUGUGUUCAAAAGCUUACUGAAGGUGGUGGUAAUAUUCCUGAUGUUCCUCAUGGCAUUCACCUCUGCCUUCUACAUUCUACUAGCCAGACAGAGUACCUUCACUGAUGUUGGAAACACAAUAAUGCGGGUGUUUGUCAUGUCACUGGGGGAGAUUGAUUACUUGGAUAACUUCGCCGAUGCAAACCUUGCACCAUUUGAAGCUGAUGCAAACUUCUUGCUCAUGGUGUUCCUCUUCCUAGUACCUAUUGUAUUGAUGAAUCUCAUGGUUGGAAUAGCUGUAGGAGACAUAGACAAGAUACAACAGAAUGCUUACAUUAAGAGGCUGGCCAUGCAGGUCGACCUCCUGUGUGAUUAUGAGACAAAACUGCCCAAGUUUCUACAGAGAAAGGUUUAUUAUCGCAGUGCAAUCAUCAAGCCAAAUACAGGGAGCAACUCAAACCUUACCAUGCUGAAGCACUCUUUACUUGGCAGUAGUAGAAGUGUGAACUUUAUCCAGGCAGAAGAGAGAGAUAAGACCCAGGUUGCUAUGGACCAGCUACACACUGAACUAAAAGAGCAGAGAUUCAAGGUGUCUCAAAUACAGUUAAUGUUAGAGAAACAGAAUGAAUUCCUGCAUAAUUUUCAAAAACAGUUGCAAUCACAACAGAGGUCAAAGUCACGUUCUCUGUCAACUAUGUUCCCAAAUCCACCAGGAAAACAAAGACCUCUCAAACCACCUACAGAUAAACCUUUGUGAAGCAACGCAUUUAUUGAGAGCAGCUGGUUGAGAGUGCAAUUUUCAGAAAUUAGACUUUGAUUUUUAUGUCAUCUUCAAAAAGUGGUGACAUAUUGUUAUGGUCUCCGUUUUUUGUGACGGCGGUUGUUGAUCGGCGGUUGGCGUCUGUAACAAAUGGUGGUGACAUUUUGCAUUAAUGCCUU